CACUGCCACAUUCUGGGCGCUUUUCCUUAUAAGUUAUCCAGAUGCAGCCAGCUCACGAGACAAAACAUCAGUCCACGCUCGAAUAUUCUUUCUCCCCUCAGCUUACAUUACAUUUAGCACAAAAAAGCCACUCCGAUGAUUACUCUUCUAUAGGAACAACCGGAACAACACUGUGGCUUGGUGCACAGUGUCUUUCGGCCUAUAUUGCCCAGUAUCACAAGCCAUCUCGCAACACGUCGAAUGCCAGAGCCAUUGAGUUAGGGAGUGGAAUAGGACUCUCUGCUCUCGUUCUCAGUGCUCUCGGGUAUUCUACCGUUUACGCGACAGAUACGAAACUAGUCAUCAGCAGUGUCCUAGCUAGAAAUAUUGAAUCCAAUUUUCAUGUCGCUGCGAAGCCUAGUCGAGAAAUAUUGGUCCGAGAAUUAGAUUGGCACGUUCUACCUGAAAAUUGGAACUGGGAUAAUGACUGUGCUAUCGCGUCCAAUACCCCGCGAUUAUCUGAUGGCACCAACGUCCUCUCUUCUCCUUUCAAUCUUAUAAUCACUUCCGACACUGUGUACGAAGAGUCAAUUGUCGAGCCCCUUCUACGCACUCUUCAUGCGCUCUCCUUACAGUCUUUAGCUGCCUGUAAAUUGGAAUCUAAAUCUUCCCGCCCCCCUUGUUCUCCUCUAAUUCUCCUCUGUCUCGAACGCCGGGAUCCUGCUUUCAUCGACUCUGUUCUUUCUUCGGCUAGAGAUCAGUGGUCCUUCUCGACGGAACAAGUGCCCAAGAGGAAACUUGCUAAAGUGAUGCAAAAACAUGUUGGAAGGGAAAAGUGGGAGAGCAGUCAGGCAGAAUGGGAAGGAGUGGAAAUAUGGAAAUUGUUGCUUUGUAUAACGAACUGAUACUGAAUGGUAUGUAUGAUCGAAAGUACGGAUCGUCGAAAAACUGGCUUGUAAAUUAUGACCUCGGUAGAAUAAGGUAGAAUGCAGUGAGGC